ACCACUCAAACAAAAUUGGUGACACCAUAUCCGGCUCUUCGUUUGACGGUGUAUCCGGACAAAUUGAAGCUAAUGUUGCCCAGAAUAUAAAAUUAUAAAUGAAUUGUUAGCAGCUUUAAGAUUGUUUGACAUGCAUGGUUCAUUUGGUCGAUGCAAGAAAGAGUAACCUGUAGUGUUGCAGCGAGUUUUUCCAACUCGUCGCCUCUCCCCAGCCAAACAUUCAGUCACUUCAGGCAGGGGCACUUCAUUGUUAGCUUAGCUUUAGCCUAGCUUUAGCCAUGCUCUCUGGGUUGCGGCUCGCUUGUGACGGGGACCACCGCUACUAGCCUGGCAGCUAGCUGUUUAAACACAGUUUUCCAGUAGUAACGCGUCGAAUUGUUUGAUUUGUGCUUUGGCGGUCUUUGGGCCUUUACUUUCCCGUCACACUCCGUGUGUGUGCGGCGGUCUGCAGGAGCAGCUCCUCGUUUUAACGCAUACAAUUCGCUCUUAGCUAAGUUGGCAAGAUAGCCAGCCGGCUAACUUUGAGGAAACGUCUUUUUUUUUUUUGAAGACAUAAGUUGGUGAUGACGUUGUCCUUAUUCGGGAACUAAACGUUAAGUCCGUGAACUGAAGAAGGCCUGACAUACUUUGACCACUCAAGUCAAGACCCGGAGCUUUCGUUUCUUUUUGGUGUAUGCUUAUUUGCCUGCCACGAUGGCUUCUUCCUCUGGAAACGACGACGACCUCACCAUCCCCAGAGCAGCUAUCAACAAGAUGAUUAAAGAAACUCUCCCCAACGUGCGAGUGGCUAACGACGCCAGGGAGCUUGUGGUGAACUGCUGCACGGAGUUCAUACACCUCAUAUCUUCAGAAGCCAACGAAAUAUGCAACAAGUCCGACAAGAAGACCAUCUCUCCUGAGCAUGUCAUCAAUGCCCUCGAGAGCCUUGGUUUCGCAUCGUACAUCACUGAGGUGAAAGACGUGCUGCAGGAGUGUAAAACUGUAGCCCUGAAGAGGAGGAAGGCAAGCUCUCGACUGGAGAACCUGGGAAUCCCAGAGGAAGAGCUCCUCAGACAACAGCAGGAACUGUUUGCCAAGGCUCGGCAGCAGCAGGCGGAGCUCGCCCAGCAGGAGUGGCUACAGAUGCAGCAGGCCGCCCAACAGGCACAGAUGGCAGCGGCAUCCGCCAGCGCCGCCCAGCAGGCCGGCUCUUCUCAGGACGAAGACGAAGAGGAUGACAUGUGAUCCCGGGAAUUUCAUUUCGACUUUGUCCGAAUCUCCUUCCUGGGGCAGCGUUGGUGCACAAAUCUCCCAGCGCUGUGAUCAGACAGAGACAUGAGACGUGUUUUGACCGCUGGAUAAUGCACAUUGGAACGGACAGUGAAGAGAAAGAUGGUCACACGUUCAGACGCCAGUACCUGAAAAAUGAUUUGGAUUGAGAGGGUGUUAAUAAAGUUUUUGAUUAAUCUCUUCUUCCCCAUUUUUUUCCCCCAGUUGCUUCUGUUUAAUUAUGUCUUGACAUUUUGUUGUGAGUAAUUUGUAGAGUUCUGGAUGUGCUGUGGACACACUGAAGGCAGACACUGCCUGGAAUUCGUCAGUGAAUUUUGGUGAUGAUGCAGCAAGUGUUCGCUCUUCCAGGUACUGCACCAGAAAGCUUACUCCUGUUGUCCGUUGUUCUAGAUCACUUUUGGUGGUUGAGGAGAGCCGCUCCAGAACUAUUCUUGUGUUUGACGGCCAUUUUUACUGAGACUGUUUUCUUCCCCCCAAUCCUGGGAUAUAGGAACAAUUUAGGGGUCGUACAUAUUGGAAUUUUUUUUCGUUAAAUAGCAAACUAAAUGGACAUUCUGUUUUAAUUUGAGCUCAAUCAGAUACUUUACGUUGCAUUUUCUUUCUACUUUGAACCAUCCACAGUAUUGCUAAACAGCCUCACCUUUUACAAAUGGAAUAUUUUUGUCUCAUAGAACCAAAGAUCGAGGACAGCCAGACAGACGGAUGUUUUUAAAGGUGUAGGUGCUACUGUGAUUCUCGUUGCUGACUCCAGGUCAGUGUAAACAAUGUUAAGGAAUAUUAUUAACCGAAGACUUUGUAAAAGACGCUUUGAUAUCCAGGCUGAAUUUGUUAUUUCCCUUCUCGGGGGUGCAGUAUCAAAACAUUUGCAUUGUGGCUGUGGUCCAUCCUCAGUGUAAAAGAUAAGUAACCCAGUUGUGACACAUUCACUCGCCUAUGCUACAAAGUUGUAUUCUUUAAGCAAUAAAGGAGUCAUGUUUUAUAAAUGA